GUUAUGUGGGAAAGUUAGCAAACCUCAUGGUCAGUUUAUGGCCGGGUGCAGCAAUGUGCAAAUUUACGUAAAACUAUAGUAAAACUAACGAGACCAACGUAACGUAGGUUUUAUAGGGCGCGAAUACACGUGUGGGAUGACCCUGAUAUAGUGGCUGGCUGUCGAAUACUAUUUCAGAAAGACCGCCGAUCAAAUAAUUAUUACUUUCAUAGAGUGGCAAUGUCGCCGAUCAAAUUUCUUCCUAUUACGCAAAGGGUGUGUAGCCCUCUGUUAUCACUACAGAAUUCGCCGCUGCUUUUGCCUGGAAGGUGCCAACACACUCAUCCUUUGGCGGCAAAAGUGUUCAGUAUAUUUCGUGUUUACGAAGACGUCGUUGGCCUCACCGAAGUAAAGGCAGCUCAGACGAAAGUGCUGGAGGCAGAGCAAAAGUUUGUGACGACGCAAGAGCAGCGACGGGAAAAGCAGCAACGGAUUUUACAACUUCAGAGCCAGCUGAAAGAGAUCCACGCGGAACUUGACAAGACGCACAGAGGAGAGGAUCGCUACCUCACCCUCAUAACACAGGAGCAUGCCAUUAUCAAGGAAGAACGUGCCUUGCUUGAGCAGUUCAAGCAUUUGGAAAAAGCGGAGCGAGACUACUUCGCCGCUCUCUCUUUGGCACUCCGGGAGAGCCACGAGAAAGAGCGUGCCCAGGGAGAACGCACCAAGUACUGGUCCAUUAUCGGUUCUGUCUGCGGUGCCGUCAUAGGAAUUGUCGGGGCCACCAUCAACAACCGGAUACGUCUGAACCAGCUCAGGGACCUCGUCGAACGUUCGUCCAGCCAACCGGAGGUGCAGCGCUUGGUCUACAGCCUCUCGGACGAGUUCAAGCGCCACAGAGACCAGAUCGUAGAGUUUGUGUCCGACAUUCGCGAGCUGCUCGGCGUUGCGCCCAUAGUCACUGCAGCGGACCGUGGGACCAGUGCAGCCGCACUACCAGUAAUGAUGACCAAAGGCGGAGACAACGUUGCUGCGGCCGAGUCCGAGCUUGAGCUUCAAAUGCGGGAAGUGGUAGUGCUUGUGAAGCAGCAGCGUCAGUUGUUGGAGAAGGAGACAAAAGAAAUUAAAGCACUGUUGGCCGCUGACAGGGCUUUGGAGGAAGCUGAGGGAGACGUCAAGAGAGCAGCGGUGUACAUUGGUGAAGACGUCAGAGACAUAGUGGCGGACUCGCAGCGGCAGUUGGAGUGGAAAAUGAAGAUAAACUCGCUUGCCAUGGUAGCACUGGUGUACGGAGCCCUUGCAGUGACUGUCCCACUUUUGGCGGCAUUCUUCAAGGGCUCCUGAUGGUGGCAGAGUAUUUGUUAGCGAAUUGCGACCAAGUCGUGCAGUUGGCAGCAUUUUCUUGUUUAAUUCAUUCUGCGAAUGCAUUAAGUGGACCAGAGAAGCUUUAAGUGGUUCAUUCCUCCAACGUUCAGCUUUAUAGUCCCUGCCAGGAGUCUAUAAUAGAGAACAUAUGGUGUCACAUAGUUCCUCAGUUGCAAUUGCGUGCAGUACCAAAGGUAGGUAUUCCACAGUACUUCUUGGUGCUCUCUUUAGUGUACUAUGAGCAUUUACUUCAUGUAGGAACGAUCGUGCGUCUUAGCUUUGUGCAUAGUUUAUUGCUGCGUGGUACUGUUCAGAGAAAUGCGCGAUUUUCUGUUGUAUGAGACCAUUCUUUAAGUUAUAAAACUAUAAAUUUAUAAAAUGUUCAAAACAAAUGAAAUGCCAUAUUUUAAGAGAACAGUGUUGCUUAUUUUCUGCCUGUUUUGCCUUAAUAAAUGUUGGCUUGUGCAUUCACUGAGCACCAUAAUUAUUGCUACGUGCACACCCACAGACACCAAACACCCAGCAUAUGGCCAUAUUUGCCAUAUGGCUGCAUUAGCGUGUGCAUAAUUUGAAUAAUACCACAUUGUGAAGAAAACGCAAGUUUCUGGUUAUGGCAUACAUGUAAGCAUUGAAAUAUGUGCAUUUUCAGUUGUGCGUUAUAUUAUUUUGCUAUGUAUGUUGAACUGUGCAAGUGUUCCUCAUUAUUAUUGCAAUUACUGUUCUUUGAGAUACGUCUCACACACUCGAAUAUUUAUGCCAGAACCUAACCGUCCUUUCACAAACCUUAGGCACAGAAUAAUAAUCAUUGAAAGGAAGUGUGAUAGAUAAGCCAGACUGUUGCAAAUGCCUCAUACAAGCUGAAUUCUGGCAGUGGUAAUGCAGAAGGUCACUUCGUUGUUUGUAUGCUAAUUGUAUAAACCUCUACAGUCAUACCACAAUGGUUUCUGCUAGAAUUACCUGAGCAUAUCACAACGCACUGGUUGGAUUUUGCCUCACGAUUUCAUGUAAAAGUAUUCCUCACCAUGCAGGCCCGUAACUAAGGGGUGGUUGAGGGGGUUCUGACAUCCCCACAAAAUUUUUUCAUGCUUUGCCUUUCCGGGUGACACUACACCUGUGCAGCGACCACCAGUUGCCAAGUUAGCCGUUCUGCACACAAACACCCCCCGAAAAAAAUUCCUGGGUAAGGCCCUGUCACCAUGUACUUGUAGUGUAAAAUGUGAAAACUGGGCUAACCUGUAUAAUUUAUUUAUUUAUUUAUUUAUUCAAAAUGCCUUACAGGCCCAUUGAAGGGCAUUGAGCAAGGGGGUCAUCAGUAUUUACAAAACAAUAAAGAGGAAUACAGACAAAAGGCAAAAAAAAGAAUAAAAACAAAGAUUACAAACAGCAAGAUGGAACGUUAUACAAUACUAGAGUGCAAUGAAAUCAGGUUAUCAUGGAAUGUUUCACGAUUAGGGAUGGAUACAAUGUGAUCAGGAAGAUCGUUCCGAUGUGCAAUGGCUCGAGGUAGUGAUGAUGAGUUAAAUGCCUGCGUGUGACCAUGAAUGCGCAUGAAACUACGUGCAUUGUGAAUGCGUCGGGAUGUGCGCACAGGAGAAUGAAGUGGCAAACAAUGAAAUUUAUCACUAUACAUGUACCUGUGAAACAGACAUAAAAGAGCAAUGGUGUGGCAUUCUUCCAGUGACUGAAAUGCAAGGUCUUGUUUUAUUAGUGUAAUGCAGUCUCACAUUUUGCAAAAACACGGAGCAAACUCCAGGACAGGUACAAAUAAAAAGGACGCACAUGUG